CUGAUGACGACAAAAACACUCGCCGGAGUUUUUCCUCCAUUGUGUUUACGAGCUACACUGCGCUGAAAAUCACCUCUGCCGGAUUAUGGCUUUCAGCGGGGUCUUCACUCAGAUAUGGGUGUCUCAGUGAGUUAAGAGGAGGCCAGCGGACUCUGUAGUAGCAGGAAAGAUGAAUAAAGGCUGGCUGGAGCUGGAGAGCGACCCCGGGCUGUUCACCCUGCUGGUGGAGGACUUCGGUGUGAAGGGUGUUCAGGUAGAGGAGAUCUACGACCUGCAGAGCAAAUGCCAAGGCCCCGUGUACGGCUUCAUUUUCCUCUUCAAAUGGAUCGAGGAGCGCCGCUCCAGGAGGAAGGUCUCCACCCUCGUGGACGAAACCUCGGUUAUAGACGACGACAUCGUCAACGACAUGUUCUUCGCUCAUCAAUUGAUUCCGAACUCGUGCGCCACUCACGCUUUACUGAGCGUUCUCCUGAACUGCAGCGGGGUGGAGCUCGGAAACACGCUCAGCCGGAUGAAAGCUUUCACCAAGGGCUUCAAUCCAGAGAGUAAAGGUUACGCCAUCGGAAACGCUCCAGAAUUAGCGAAGGCCCACAACAGCCACGCCAGACCGGAACCGCGGCACUUGCCGGAGAAGCAGAACGGCAUCAGUGCCGUCCGGACGAUGGAGGCUUUUCACUUUGUCAGCUACGUGCCCAUUAAAGACCGCCUGUUCGAGCUGGACGGACUCAAGGCCUACCCGAUAGACCACGGUCCUUGGGGAGAGGAGGAGGAGUGGACAGAUAAAGCUCGGAGGGUCAUUAUGGAAAGAAUCGGCCUUGCGACAGCAGGAGAACCGUACCACGAUAUCCGCUUCAACCUGAUGGCGGUGGUGCCGGACCGCAGGAUGAAGUACGAGUCUAGACUGGAGGUUCUCAAACGGAACCGGCAGAUCGUUCUGGAAGGCCUGCAGCAGGCGAUUCGAGCGUCCCAGCCGGAUGCACAGCAGGACCGAAAACAGACAGACUCCUCCCCUUCCGAAGACACGCCCACUACAGUGAAAAAAGAGGAGCCGUCAGACACACCAGUGAGUGCUGAACAAGCUCCUCCUGCAGAUUCUGCGGAUGGUGCGAGUGUCCCAGCAGCCCCCAGUUCCUCAGAUAAACCUAAAAGCAUGCCGAAGCCCCCCACUCAGCCAGCAGGGGGGGCUGCCCCGCCACCACCAGCUCCACCCGCUCCGCCUGCUCCCCUGCCCAUGGCCAGCCCAAGCCCCAUCGUCCAACGCCUGCCUGCCUUCCUGGACAACCACAAUUACGCCAAGUCCCCCAUGCAGGAAGAGGAGGAUCUGGCUGCAGGGGUGGGUCGCCCUCGCGUUCCUGGACCCCCUCAACCAGCCUACUCUGAUGAUGAGGAGGACUAUGAGGAUGAAGAGGAGGAAGAGUGUGGAGCUGCUGGAACUUCUAGCAGGUUCCGCAGAAAGACGAGUCUCCGAACAAGGGCCGUGGCACGCAGCACCGCUGGAGGGGGCGGAGUCUCGGGCGUUGAAGGCCAGCUGGCUCUGAGCAUGCUCGCUGAGAAGCUGAAGAAGGAGGCGCAGAGGAAGGACACCAUGGCGACGGUGGCAGGCUCCACCCCCCUGAAUGUGCGCACAGAGGGGCGCACAGGCGGCAUCAGCAUCACCUCCGCAUCACAACCGUCUCCGACGCCCAGCAACGAGAGCACGGACACGGCGUCCGAGAUCGGCAGCGCGUUCAACUCACCGCUGCGCUCACCUGCGCGCUCGCAGGCUGCCACGCGCCCCUCCAGCCCCGUGGCGUCCCACCUGAGCCGCGUGCUGUUCGGUGAAGAUGAAGGCUUACUGCGUUUGGACGCUCGACACAACCGCGCAGUCCGUGACCUCGGAACGCUGGUCAGCUCCACACGACUGCAGCUGAGGGAGGACGGCACCAUGUCCGCACUGCCCCCUGCAGAAGGAGCAUCUGAAGGGGUGAAAAAAGCGAACGGAGUGGAGAAGAGCGAGAAGAAAGACGGGGAGGAGGAGAGGGGGAAGGAGGGAGCAUCGCAGGAGCUGAAAGUCAAAGAGGAGAGUAAAGAGACGAUGGAUGAAAAAACAACCACGGAAAGCCCCACCUUCGCCGAGCCCGAGGCCGUCAUCAAACCGACCGGAGAGAAAUACACGCCUAAAGAGUUGCUGGCUCUGCUGAAGUAUGUGGAGGCUGAUAUUUCUAACUAUGAGGUUUGUCUCAAAGAGGAGGUGGAGAAGAGGAAGAAAUACAAGAUUGAUGAUCAGAGAAGAACCCAUAACUACGAUGAGUUCAUCUGCACAUUCAUCUCCAUGCUGGCACAAGAAGGGAUGCUGGCGAGUCUGGUGGAGCAGAAUAUUUCGGUGCGCAGGCGGCAGGGCGUGAGCAUCGGUCGCCUCCAUAAACAGCGCAAACCGGACCGCCGGAAACGCUCUCGGCCUUACAAGACCAAACGCCAGUAAACACAGACUCACUGCGAAAGGCGCUUCUGAAGAACACUGACUCACUUAGUCCAGCGCUGUGGACUCACCUAAAUUGACCAGUUUGUGUCCCAGAAGCAGCUGUGACCUGUAAAGCGUCCACUGAUUAGAAAGCAGUGAUGCUCUGGUGGACUCUGCUGCUGUAAUUCUCAUUGACUGAUCAGUCUAAAACGACUCUCAUUAACCCUUUAGUGUCCGCAUCUCAGAUGUUACGUUUUCUUCGGUCCGUUUGUCCUCUGAUGAUUUUUUUUUCAAACAAAUCAGUUUUCUAACUUAUCUGGUCACUAUUCAUUUUUAGAAAACAACAGACAAUCAAUGCAUUUGAUUGUGGAAAAAAGUAUGAAAAUGACAUGAGUAAAAAAUUUAGUAAUGAGUACUGUUAGAAAUAUUUUAUAUAUUUUGUAUAUAUCUAUACAACAUUUUGUCAUUUAGACCAAUCAGAACAUUGUGUAACAUUUUCCCAUCAUACUAAAUUUAGUUGUUGGGCUUUAAGGGGUUAAAAUAGUUGGAAUUUUAAUUAAUAUUAAAAUUAAAAAAUUAAAAUGUUUGUUUUACGUGUAUUAAGCCAACAUAUUAUUCUCAGUCAGUCAUUCAGAUUCUAGUAGUUUUAUUUCAAUAAUAAGUGUAUCAUAAAUAUUCUGUGCUUUAAUAUUAAUUAAAAUUCCACUAAUUUAGGAGUAAAAUCAUUUCACUGAGUUCUUUAAUGAGAAUUACAGCAGCAGCUCGUACAAUACAGACGGGACUUCACCGGCCGGACCAAUCACAGACUUUGUUCAUCUGACUUUUCAGUCUGCUAGAGUUCAAAAUCUGAGAAAGUCUUUGUUUGUUUGUUUUUAAGCGUGUGUGUUUGUAAAUGUGUUUAUGCUAAUUAAACAGAGCUCGUUUGUGCCGGUUCAGCCCAAAUGAUCAGUGUUACAACACAAAAACACCAAAUCAGACCAAAAACUUAGACGUCCGGAGAGGCCUUGAGGGAGUUACAAUUUUCCGGAUUGUUAUUUUGAGAUAAUGAGUUAAUUAUCUUGUAAUCUCCAGAUAAGAAAGUUGUUAUUUUGAGAUAACAAGAUAAUUAAUUUAUUAUCUCAAAAUAAUAAUUUAGAAAAUUACAGCAACAGCUCAUGGCCUCUCCAGACUUCCGUAAAAACUCAACAGCGGUGCAGAAUUGACCUGCCCAAGCUCCGCCCACAAAUAUGUGCUUUCAUAGCAACCGUAACCAGAGCUGGUUUAUGAGGAAUCUGGCCACUUCCUAUUUCCUCCGUUAUAUCAAAAACAGGACUGCAAAACA